AUGUCUGGGCAAUUCGACGCUUCCAAGCAAAAACUGGCUGAUACCAUUCAAAAAGUGGGUUUCGCCGUUGCGACACCCAAUUAUGGUGGUCCAAUGGAGUCGUUCGAUUUCACUUCUCAGAAUUUAUAUGAGAUUUGGAAUCUUUUGAAGGAGAGUCAAAUGAAGGAUAAGGAGAUUCGGAAGUUGAAGAGUGUGAAUAUGAAAUUGGCGGAUAAUAAUAGGCAAUUAACACACAACGCCAUCAAAGCGCUGAAAACUCGUGACAAUAAAAUCCGCAACUUGACCGACGUCCUCAAAUCCAAUGACCACUACAAGAAGAAUUUGGAGUUGAAAGCUGAACUUGAUGCGUUGAAGUCUAGAUCAAAGUAUUGGAGCAAAAAAGAUUACGGUAGUCGCGUCGAGACCCGACGAGCUAUGUCGAAGCAAGAACAUUUUUUGACGUCGACGCCAGAUGAAGAAUUCAAGGGCUUCCAGACUCGAGAGGAGUUGGACAACGAUUUUAAGCAGUGGCGGAAAAAAGAAAGAGAGGCAGAACGGACAAUGGAACAACUGGUAGAUGAAAUGGAAGUGUGUGAGAAAGAUGAUAAUUUGGAGGAGGAGGAGGAUUCUGAUGGUUGGAAAAAGUUGGAUUUCAGCGAGGAGGAUGAGAAGGAAGCGGAAGGAAUUGAGAAAUAG